GAGAGAGAGAGAGACUUCUCUAUACGCAACCAAAAAACAAAGAAAGGAUAAAUAAAGCUUCAACAUGCUCCUGCUGACUUUACUUUUUAUCUUUGCUUGCCCUGUUUUUGACCUGCAUCCUGUUGUGUGUGCGACAGCUAAGUCAUGGGCUGCUCUUCUAUUUCUUCUUUUUUUGUUCCACUUGUAAAUGAAGAUCAGACGAGACAGCAGCAGGCAUUCAUGCCGGGAUUGUUAUUAAUGUGACAGAAACGGACAGCCUUUAAAGAUUUCUCUCUCGGAUUGUACAGAUGUAAAGAGAUUAAUAAACCCUGUGCAGACGGGGCAAUUUCCUAGUUCUCAGGUGCUCCUGAAAAAUUGCUUCUCUGGAAUCUCGCUUCAUCCCAAACUGAAGUAAGAGUGAGCGUCUCGUCGCUGUUCAUCUUCAUCAACUUCACAGCCACUCGGACGCCACGUGGUGAACGGAAGGUGAUCAGACGACCAGGUGAACUUUGUGGCCUGCCAGCUCUUUGCUCUGCUCACGGCCUGCUGGUUUCGGCUCUAUCUGCACCCCGGCAAGACCAGUCCCUUUAUCCGGCAUGUUGUAGCCACACUGCUGGGCUUCUACCUGGCCCUCUUCUGCUUCGGCUGGUAUGCUUUACACUUUCUGGUCCAGAGUGGACUGACCUACGGUAUCAUGAUCUUCACCGGAGUGGAGCACAUGCACAGAUACUGCUUUGUGGUCGCUCUGUGCUACCUCACCCUCUGUCAGAUCACUCGGGUCUAUGUUUUUGACUACGGCAUGUACUCAGCAGACUUCACCGGGCCCAUGAUGGUAAUCACACAGAAGAUCACCAGUUUGUCAUUUGAGAUCCAUGAUGGUCUAGCAAAGAAGGAAGAGCAUCUCAAGCCUACUCAAAAGUAUCUCGCUGUCAGGAAAAUGCCAAGUCUUCUAGAGUAUUUGAGUUAUAAUUGUAACUUCCUGGGAAUCCUGGCGGGUCCCACAUGCUCCUACAACGAAUACACUGCCUUCAUCGAGGGCACGGGCUACCAGCACAAGCAUGUGGAGUCAAACGGCAAGGAGAAUGGCAAAUUCAAGCAGAGUGACCCCUCACCGAAGAGAGACGUGCUGGUGAAGCUGGGCACUUGUGCUCUUUGUCUGCUGGUCUACCUUACCUUCUAUCGCAUAUGUCCUGUGGAGCGUGUCAUCGACGACCCAUAUGUCGCCUCCCAGCCCUUUUACCUGCGCAUCCUCUACAUCUACCUGUCCAUGCUCAGCCUGCGGCCCAAGUACUAUUUCGUAUGGACACUGGCUGACGCGAUAAACAAUGCUGCCGGUUUUGGCUUCAACGGUUACCACAAAGACGGCACCCCGAGAUGGGACCUGAUAUCAAACUUGAGAAUACUGGAUAUAGAGCUUGCUACAAGCUUCAAGACAUUCCUCGACAACUGGAACAUUCAGACAGCGCUUUGGCUUAAAAGGGUAUGUUAUGAGCGCUGUCCAUACCACCCAACAGCAGCCACCUUCCUGCUGUCUGCCAUAUGGCAUGGAGUGUACCCAGGAUAUUACUUCACCUUCGUCACCGGCAUCGCCAUGACACUAGCAGCCCGGGCAGUAAGACAUAACGUAAGACAGCACUUCCUGGGCUCCUCUACACACAAGCUCAUCUACGAUGUGAUUACGUGGGCCAGCACACAGAUCGCUAUAUGCUACACAGUGGUACCGUUCGUAGUGCUGGCAGUCGGACCUUCGCUGAGGUUUUACUGGUCCUGGUACUACUUUCUGCAUGUGAUCUGUGUCCUGCUGGUCCUAGCCCUUCCUGUGAAGCGCAGUUCAUCACGUGACAAGCUGCAGGAAAAACAGUCCCAGUCAGUAGAGGCGAACAACUUCUCCAUCACAGACAGCAACUGCAACCAGAAAGAGAAAACCUCCUGAAAGUCCAGGAUGCACACAUCCCUCCGCCUCGUACAACUCAGAGCUGCGAGGAACUCGCAUCAGGGCCGACGAGCCAGAGCGGCUGUUUUCUCUCCCUCCAACCUAACCCAAAUGGGAUGUUACUAAAACAUGAUUAAGGACAGACGAGCGAGUGCGGUGAGCCUCAGAGAAUGACACUGGGGCUGAUUGCGCUUCAGUUUACAAUGGGGAAAAAAAAACCCUGGCCAGACCUAGGCUUUAAUUGGUCACAGUGAUUUGCUAACAAGAGGAAUCGAUUGGGUCUUAAUGGAGCUUAACAAAUACAAGUUGCCUUAAAAACCCUCUAUUUACUAUCCAGUGCUCAGCAGACUGGCGUUUGAGGAAGGAACAUUUGAGACCAGCUCUCAAAGUACUUAGAGGUUUUUUUUUUUAAAUUAUCAAUUCAACAAUUAUACUUUUGUUUGUUGUUAGUUUUUUUUUGUGUGUGUGUGGGGUGUGUGUGUGUGUGUGGGGGUGUUUGAUAAAGAAAUUCAAUUGAUGCCAAUCUCUCAUAUAAGCCAAAGCUUCUUGAUUUAAGUGGUGGUCGUCGAUCUGUUCGAUACAUAUCUGCUUCAUUUGGAACGAAGGGAAACUUCUUCCUAUAUGAAUCACUUUUCUGUUUAUUGGUUUACUUUAAGGCCGAAUUCGGUUCAAGAGCUUUUAGUGUCUCUGCAGUUACAGUCGUCAUCUUCUGACGUCACAGGAAUCACACCUAGAGCUUGUAUUGUGGUGUAUCUGCUAGGACCGUACAGAUUUUUUACACUACACCAUUUGUCGUAUCCGGAUUUUUUGUAUUCUGUCUUUCUACGGCUGCACGUUAAACUGGAGGACCGUCGCAUCUCUGUACCCUUGUUUUUAUUACAGCAUACGUUUGGCGUCGGUCCGGCGCACGUCCUGUAGUUCAGAUCAAUUUGAUCUGGAGUGUGAAGGAUGUUUGGUAGAAGUGUUAGCAGCAGAUAUAGUAGAGGAUUCAAUAGUGUUUAAGUUGAAGAUGGUAAACAUCAUAAAUGAGGAAAAAGGAUUAUUUUAGAAAGAACGUACACAAACCAACCGGCGUGGCACUUACAGAAGCACGUUUCUGACACAUAAUAAAAUAAAAUUAAAAUUCCUUCAGCAUCUCGUUAUUAUGAGAAAAUUAUCAAAAAAAAAACAAAACAAUGGUAUUACAAGAAAAACUAUUCAUUAUUGUCCGAACACGUUUUCUACAAAGGUGAUUCUCUCUUAAUAAUAAGCUUUUUAUGUCAAAACGUGAUCUUCCUUCUAAGCUUUUUUUCAUCGUAAGAUUUCUUGUAACAAUGAGAUAUUUCUCAAGAUUAAUAACAAGCUUAUUGUCUUGUAACAGUGAGAGAUUUCCUCAGAAUAAUGAGAUGUUUCCUCUUAAUAAGAUCAUGAGAUAUCCACUAACAGCACAAGCUUUCUUGUAGUAAUGAGAUGCUGAUGUUUUGAGACGGUUUUGCUCUUGCGUUGCAGGAAAGCGCUUCCAUUAGCACACGCAAGGCCGCCUAGCAAACAGCCGAUUACGCCACAUGUAUUAGUCUCAGUAUCCGCUAAAGUAAAACCACCCAUCAGGGAUUGGAUUUUUUUUACAUUUUAUCCUAUUUUUAUAAUCCUGUUUAGGUGAACAAUUAUACCCUGAUGUAUUUAACGCUUAUAUAAUCCCAUCUCUGCUUAAAUACCCAGAGACGUCAUCGUGUCGGAAUUUAAAGAACGCACGGCUACGCCGUUAACGAAACCAAACCAAACGGCAAGGCUAGCUUUAGGACUCCUAUUUUCUUAUCAGCACUGAGCAGCAUAACUACCCCAAAGACAGUACAGAAAGAAACAGUAGAUUAUCUAUCGUUUGAACAAGACAAUGGUUUCAACCACAUGACCAGCACAUCAAUGCCAAACUGCUUCAUAUGUCCAAAGUGCCAAAUCGCUGCACUGUGCACGCUGUCUGGCUGAAAGCACACACUCUCUAUAUUGAGCAACAAGGUGAGAGGUUUUGCAUUAAAGGGAUUCAGAAAUUCAAUGAAGUGGCUCAUUUGGUCGUAUGAAAUAAAUAUAUAUGAUUUAAAGAUACAGAGAGAUUGGAGAUGAAGGUGAUGUGAUGUUUUUUUUUCUUGGAGGGGGAAAAGUACAAAAUUUAAAGAUUAAGGAUGACAUUACAAUGCAAACUCAUGUCAAGAAGGUGUUUUUUAUUAAUAAACUCAAACCACGACGUCGUCCGUGUCUGUAAGUCUGAAUGUGUGUGAACACUUGUCUGGUGUAAAUAUCGACCAUUUGUUUGAAUUUGUAUUUGUCAGUCAGAUGUCAGCUGUUGUCAGUCAGAUGUUCUCUGUUUUGUCGAGGUCCAUGUUAUGAGUAUAACGGCACCUGGUUUUAUACUGAUACUGUAAUGGAGUCUAGUCAUGUUUCACACAGUCAUCGUUCAUGGGACGUCCGGUGUGUCACGACUGGAGGAACGGAGUAGUGCUGAGAGAUUACUGUAAAUCAGGAUCGUUUUUUCCCCCUUCCUUUUUAAUCCAAAACCGGCCACUUUAUUAGGAACAGCUAAUCAUCAUGUGGCAGCCGCACAACAAUUUUUUGGAGAUGUCACAGAGAGAGUCAGUGUGUGUGUGUGUGUGUGUGUGUGUGUGUGUGUGUGUGUGUGUGUGUGUGUGUGUGUGUGUGUGUGUGUGUGUGUGUGUGAGAGAGACUAUUUCUCAAUAACCAAAGCAGCCCACUGGUACCAACAAACUUUGCCAUGAUCACAGAAACCACACUUUUUCCUCAUUCUGAUGUUUGACGUAAUCAUUAGCUGUCUGAUUAACUGUCUGAACACAAAUGGCUAAUUAUAUAACUGCAUAAACAAGCAGUUGUUCCUAAUAAAGUGGCAUAUCAUACCUAAAGCUGCACAAGUAUUAAACAGUGUCCACUAAACAGUUUUGAAUCCAUUAUCUGUAGUUAGUGCUGACUGGUUUAUCGGGUUUAUCUCGUGUGUAGGUCUAAUAUAUAGAUACAUGUUAAACAUACUCAAAAACCUUGAAUGAACCGAAAGCCAGUAUCACAGCCAGCAGAUGGCAGAUGGGCAGGUCAUUUAUGUGCCCCAAAAACCUUGUAGUGUCAGUCUUUACAGCUGGAAGAAGAAGAAACUUUAUUACUUCUACAGUUUUUCUCAUCUUGUUAUCAGACAUUGCAUGAUGGAUACGUUGUUCUCUCUGUGACAGGGUCAGUUUAUUAGUUGCGGUCCAAAUUGCAGUUUAAGGGAAGGUUUCUUUUUUUCUUUUCUUUUCUUUUUUGGCCUGUGUGUGUUGACAUUUCAAUAAAGCCUUUUUUUUAGAUUCAUAAUGUAACGUGAUUACUUCUUAUUUUCAUCAUGAUCAUAAUGUCAGAUGGAGAAUAAACAAUGUUUGCCUUUGUGGGAUUUGUUUAACCAUUCAGUCUUUUUUUUUGGUUGGAAAAUUCAAUUGUCAAGAAUUUAUUUUAUUAUUAAUGGGGUUUAAUUUUUUUUUUAAAUCUGACUGACAUGAAUUCUGAGAUUGUUCUUCACAUAUUUUCUAAACACUGUGAUUUUUACCUCAUUCAGAUUAUAUUUUAAAGAAAUACUUAUAUCAUUCUAACAAGCAUAGGAAUUUGCUUCAUCCUGUAUUGUAUGACGUGUGUUUGGCAGCGAGCUACUGAUUUAACCAGAUGAUUAAAAUGUUUAUGAACAUG